GAAGCAGUUCCAUGAAAUGUGACACAACUGUUCCUUCACACACACACUCUCUCUCUACUCAAAUAUGCACAGAACCAGUGCGAGUAAUCUAAUCCUUGUCGACAGAGGCACCACCAGAACAACACUCGAGACCCACCCACAGGAUGCCUUCAUCUGAGAUCUUGGUUGACCUUUUCACCAGGAGAAGAACCCUUCAUUAACUGAAUUGCCUUGGAUCAUGCACGAGUUCUCCUGGUGAGGUCCCACAUUUGACCUUUUCCAACUUCAACCAUGCUUAAGUGCCAUCAAGAAUUCCAAACUAGGUGUGCACAUGUAAGCAGUCCAUUAGAAAGCAGAGUCUCAGGGGAAGAAUGGUGGUGGUGGUGAACUCCUUUAUCUCCCUUCCCUGUUGAGCACAUCCACUCCCGGUUGUCGACAUCAUCGCCAUCUGAUGAUUACUCUGCUCUCUCUCUCUCAUUUUGCUCCCGUGCAUGGAUUCUCCUCCUCUCCGCAAAGUGCCCGGGAGAUGGAAGGAGAUCGGUUGUUGCCGCCGCUGCCGCUGGCGUCGUCGAAGCAUCGCUGCAAGGUGUGCCGCAAGUGCUUCCCGACCGGGAGAUCUUUGGGUGGCCACAUGAGGUCUCACUUCACCGUGGCCGCCAACUCCUCGUCGGAAGGCGACGAGCGGCAGCAGAGCAGCUAUAGCCUGAGGGAGAACCCCAAGAAGACUUGGCGGCUAUCGGAUUCCGGCGACGGAGAUGGAGAGAUGCAGUGCGCGGAGUGCGGCAACGAGUUCCUGUCCUGGAGAGCGUUCUUUGGACACAUGCGGUGCCACUCCGAGAAGCCUUCCGAGGAGCGAGGAGAGCAAGAAGGCCCCUGCAGCAAUGUCGUCCAUCGGAACGGCUUCGGCAGCCAACUUGGCACCGAGGCCGCGGCAGAAACCGUUGCAGGGAGGCGGAUAAGAUCGAAACGGACCGAUCGAGCUUCUCCUGAGGACGAGGACGGCGCCAUCAACCUCAUGCUGCUCUCCAGGGGUGUCAGAAACUGGAGCCGCAGCUGCAGCGAGACGUCGGACAAGAACUCGGCGGAGGUUCUUGAGACUUGGGACUUCGUCUCGAAUGGAAGCGAGAAGACGGGAUCCAAGUCGAGCGAUCCAAGAAACGGGUUCAAGAAGAUGGAAUCUCGUGGUGCUAAUGAUGGAAUCGUCAGAGAUGACAUCGACGAAACCAAGAAACCCGUGGCCUACGCCUCCAUCACCGACGACCUCAAGAACCCUGACCAAGAGCCGACGCUGUGUCCUUCCAAGAACGAGGAUCCGAGUUCUGUUGCAGGGGAAACAAGCAUGAAGACUAGAUUAGACGGAAUCGAUCACAAACUUGGGAGGAAUUCUUCAAGCAUGCUGGAGAGGUUUGAUCCUGCCGAUGAUUCUCUCCGUCAUGCUUCUUCAAAUGAUUGCUUGGCUAAGGCUACCAAGAAGAGAAGCCAGUUCGAAUGCAAGUCCUGCAACAAGGUGUUCGACUCCCACCAAGCUCUCGGCGGCCACAGAGCAAGCCACAAGAGGAUGAAAGGCUGCCGGGGCCACAGGACCCAUGUCGCCGAGAACAGCACGGAAACCGAUGCUUCGGCGGACGAAGCAGCGACGGAGGACACCGGCAGUGGAUCGUCGAAGGCGAACAAGGGCCACCGGUGUCUCAUCUGCAGCAGGUUCUUCAGCUCCGGCCAGGCUUUGGGCGGCCACAAGAGGUCUCACUUGGUGGCCACCGCUGGUUCCAAAAGACUUUGGGCGGCCAUUCGGCAGCAGCCACUCGAGAAGCCCGGCGUGCUCGAUCUCAAUCUUCCAGCUGAUGGAAGCGAAGACCUCAAGUCAUGGUGGCUGGGAGGCAACCUCAAGCAUGAGCCACUGCUGGGUGUGAUCUCCAAUUGAUGGAAGAGUGAGAGGGGAGUGCAGGUUGCUCCAAAGGUUGCCGAGUUACUGUUCCAUCCAUCGUUGAGCUGCUGAGAGUCGAGCUUUGGAGCCGCAGUUCCUCGAUUCCUUCUCCUUUUCAAUGUGUUGUAGAAUAAACCGAUGUCGAGGUAAUCAAAUCAUAUGAACAGCUGAUCCAAGAUGAAAGCAAUCUCGGUGCUCGACAGCACUGGGAAACACUGGUUUUGACAUGCCAUUCAUUGUUCAUGAGCAUAGUCCUGCUCUUUUCCAUUGUUCA